CGCUGACCGUCGCGUCUUUCUCUCUCUCCCAUUCACACUCUCACUGCCCGGUUAUUGUCAAGAAAGCCCCAAACAAUGGUGACGAAGGAAAACCCCGAUAAACUUUGGAAGCAGCUCAGUGACCUAGUUGGUGCUCAUAACAUGUCAAUGGUUACCCCGGAGACGAUACAAUUGUUUAAGUCGGUCGAUAAACUUUAUCGUAAUACGGAAAAUUCUUUCCCUGAGGGCUACGUCUGCGAUGACCUUCUUGUUUGCCUGAAAGCUGUCGCUUCAUCCGACGCAUCGUUCCUGCAAAUGUUAAUCGAACACAAGACUCUCCGUGCUUUCGUGGAGAAAUACCGUCUACGUCUGAACAGUGCGGCGUCCCUGGAAGACGUCAAGGAGCUGUUGUUGGAAGUCCGUACUGUCGGUGAUGCUGCCGAUAACAGUCGUGGUGUUCGCACUGGUGACGUCAACGUUAGACCUCUGGAAGCUCCUCCUGCCAGAAAAAUCCUUGAGAGCGUCAAAAAUUCCAAGAAACGUGUUUCCAAGGAAGACGAUCGAGGCCGUAAAAAAGCGAGGAGGGAGGUCUCUUCAGAAAGCACUUUACCGGGUCCCAACCUUCCAACGGAGACAGGACAUCCGCACGAAUCUUUGUCCCUCGAUGGUAGAGCUCGCCAACCCACGGUUCGAGAGAAUCCACUUGUGAUGAAAGAUGUCCCAGAUGGGACGUUGCCAUCGGACGGCCACGAACGUACGCUGACGUCCUCACUGCCACCGGUCGGGACUCCGCCCACAGUGCCAUUCCGACGGAUACUUGUUUCUAGUAAUAGAAUAUUGCCAGAAUCAGGAUCAUUAUCUCAGGUUUUGUUGGGCAAUCAAGUCUCCGGUUCUGGUCAGAUGGGUGUGCCACCGGUUUUGCCGUCAGAUGCUGCGUCUGGAUUGGCUUCGACGGACCUGAAUAUCUCUAUGAGGGCAUUACAGGAGAAUGAUAAUGCUCUUUUGGCAGUUAGGGCAUCUGGUUCCAGUGUAGUGCCUGAUGAUCCUGUUGGUAGCAAAGUUCCUCUGGCUGCUUUGCAACCCACAAAUGUGGAUGGACACUACCUGGUAAAAAAGUCAACUGCAUUUACGCCAAACAAAGAUGGAUUUUCUGUUGCACUUGGUCUGUUUGCGCCAGGCAGUGACAAUGACCUUUGCGGAGCUCUGGACAGUUACACCAAAUUUUUCUCUGGUCGAAGUCAUACAAUCGAUUCUAAGGAUGACGUAUUGUUCAAUCUCCUGAGCCGAGAAUAUGAGGAAGUAUGCCAGAGAUCCGUAAAGCUUGCAAAGUCUUUGCUGGCAGCAGGUCUAACGCGCAAACAUGUUGAAGCUAUGAUAUCGAAUGAAUCAUAGGCAUCGCAAUAUACAGUAUACCACUGUAUGUAGUUAUUUAAAGGUUGAAUACAUAUCUCAAGGCCCUU